UCGCCGCGGCCUAUGGAGUUGCUUCUCCUUCUCUCUUCCUCCAUGGCUCUAACAUAAGAUCUUAUGUAAAAUCUUAUGUUCUUACGUAAAAACUUAUGUUUCACUUAAAAAACUAUUUUUUUUCAUAAAAAUAGGUUUUUCUUUUGGUGUCACAUAAGAUCUUAUACAAGAAAACUAUUUUUUUGAUAAUUUACUCAAGAUCUUAUUUAUUGCAUAAGAUCUUAUGCAAAAUCUUAAGUUAAUCAUCAACGUAACAGUUUCUUUUCAAGUGAAUCAUAAGUUUUUACAUGAAGAUUUAUAAAAGAUCUCACUUAAUAUCUUAUGUAAAAACUUGUACACGAUCUUGCAUAAGAUCUUAAAUGGAUAUUGGAUAAAGAUAAUUUUUUUACUAUGAGCGUAAGAUCUUAUAUGAGAUCUUAUGUGAGACCUUAUGUAGGUUCAUGGUUAAAAAUCAAUGAAAAGAUCUCGUGUAAGAUCUUGUACCAGAUCUUACAUAAGACCGAACUAGCUAUUCUCUGAGCUGAAAAGCUGAAAUAAAAUAAAAAUAGUAUAUUGAUUAUGAUUAUAAAAGAGAAAUAGCUAAUGCUCAUUAGUUACAGGUUAUAAGUAUUCACUAUGUACUGUUUACAGUCUCAUGUAUAAGGAAAUGACAUUUUCUGUUUUGGAACACAAACUUCUAAAUGGUACCAAGAAAGACAUGAAUUGCACUGAGCUGUUUCAAGUUGAGCCUCUUCCUUACAAGUGGGGCAAACAAAAAUGUUCAUCCUUUUUUUCUCAGUAAUAAGCUUUUUCAAGAGGAGUAUAAAAACAUAUUAUUAGAAUUUGGUACUACUAAAAUUGAUUGUUAAAUAUUUUUGAAUAAAAUUUGGCAACAAUAUGUUUAAAAAAGCAUCGUCAUCUGUUUCUUGGGUAGAAACAUAUAUGCAACUUGUGUUACCGUUGAUGCAACAAACAAAAUUAGGCUAUUUAAGUCAUGGAACCGGAAUCGAGUUACAAUCUGGAGAAAUAUCUGCCAACCAUAAAAACUAUGAUCUCGCCCAUUCAUCUGGCAUUGAGUGGAGACGGUCCAACUUCAUUUUGUUUCCAAAGAGCUCUGAAAUAAUACAAAAUUAUCAUGUACAAAUAUCGGUACCAUAUGUAAAAGAGACACUUAGGUGGGAAAUGUCUUUUAAUCCAUUUUAUCCAGAACUUGGUCCAGAUUUAUUCUUUGAUCAAGUCAAUCACUUGGAGAAAGAAGAUUCUGAAUGUUUCUCAGAUAAUAUAAGUAGUCUUAUGAUGUGGGAUUUCACAGACGGCUCAUCCUUAUUAAAACUUAUUGAUGAACUUUUAUUUUUUUAUAAAUCUUAUCAAUUAAAUCUUUUGAAAAUUUAUGCUGAAAGAUCACAUAUUGAUUUUCAAUCAUUCGUAAAAGGAGUGCCUUUAGAAAAUUUAGAAAUUAUGGUUUCCAUACGUUCAAAGCAAACUAGAUUUCAAAUUCUCGUAAAAUUUUUUAUUGACCAAUCAAAUACUAAAGCUCAACAAUUUCAGGGAUGGAAUAUCUUGCUUUUAAAUAUUCGUGGAACAUCAUUGUCUUAUGUGACACCCGAAUUGUAUUUAUCGCCAUCUAUUAAAAAUUGUUUAUAUGGAAUCGAUUUAGAACACAUUCCUCUAAUUAAUGAAAAUCAGGAACUAGCAGAUUACUUAUUUGCAAUAAAAAAUUACAUAUCUGAAAAGAUAGCUAUUUAUUCAUCGUGCUUCGAAAAAAGGAAACAAUUUAUUAUAUCACUUCUAGUUCUUCAGUAUGCGACAGUAUUAGAAUAUGAUGCCAUAUCUUAUCGAAAAGUAUCAUUGCAUUUGAAAAAUUCAGAUAUUUAUUUCAUUUUGAGUUUUGUACUACCGCUAAACUUUCCUGAAGAACAAUUUUGUUUAUCACUUCACUCAAUUUACCACAUGACUGAUCAGGGAACACCGUUCUUCAAACAUAUUGGAAAUAUUCCUUAUAGUCCUCGAUGGGAACCUAAACAAAUGAUCGCCAAAGCGCUGCAACGUGUCCUAGAUGCAGAGAUGCCUUUUUUUUAAGAUCUAUUACAUUUUAAUGCCCGUGUUAGAUAAGUUCUUUUAAAAUUUGUAAAAUGUUAAAAUUAAAAAUAAAAUAGUACGCAACUUGAAUAAAUAAUUA